GUUCCAACCACAACUGAGAAGGAAUAUCCAGCAUUUGACGACCCGUUCGCAAAGGAACCCACAUCUCGCAACCUUGCAGAGUCCGGUUUAUCAGACAGCAGAGCAAGAAGAUUCUUACCAGAGGAGAACAGUUACCACUACACAAAUGUCAUUGUGCAUUUCGACCUAAAAGGAGCACCUCCGAAAACCCAGUACUUUCUUGAACUUCUGAAGUUAGUAGCGAAAUCUGGAGCUACUGGUAUUUUGAUGGAAUGGGAAGAUAUGUUUCCAUGGUCCGGUGAGCUGAAAAUGGUAAGAAAUAGCAAUGCAUACACAGUCGAAGAGGUGCAACAGAUUCUUCAAAAGGCACGUUAUUCCGCUAGUGCAGACGUUUGGGCAUAUGGAAUGGAUUUUGAAGUUAUGAAGAAUUGUCCGAAGAUCGCCAGAGAUGAUGAUCCGCUAUCACGAGUCGCGUGCAGAGAAAGUAACGGCAUCUCGCAAUAUGGGAUACGGCGGACUCUGAAGCUUAGCGUGAGAGAUCACGAGCGACUUCCACGAAAGUUGAAGAGACAAAUGAGGACUCACGGAAGGGACUGUAUGUAUGCGAGAUCUCUCAAAGCUGCUGCCUCUGGACGUGUAGUGUGCCUCGGUGACCAGGGAGCCGUGAAUUUGAUCAAGCAGGCUAUCAAGCAGGUUGUCGAUGUUCAUCUCCCAUACGGUAUAAAACACUUCCACAUCGGAGCAGAUGAAGCAUUUCGGUCUAUAGAAAAUCUGGCGAUCGACUAA